AGAAUUUGAAUAUUUUUAAAUACAUUAUUAAAGAAAACAUUAGGAUGAGCAUAAUUUAGUGAAUCGCCUUGUAUUAUGCACUCCUGGUUUCUUUAUAGAAUGUUAAAAAAAAAUUAAAACCACAAUAUUUAUUAUGAGUAGGUGACCUUCUAAAUUGUUGUUAUUUUAUUAUGUAGGCAAUUACCUAUAUUAAAAACAUUGGGCUGAGAAAUAAUGUUUGUGUUACAUAACAGACUGAUCACUAUUCACUGCAGUAUCACCUAUCAAACGAAUAACUGCAAUUAUAUAAUUUUACAAUCAAAGUUUGUGUGUUAUUAAUAUUUUAUUUAAUAACAAAUACCUACAUAAUUAUAUUUAGUCAUUUAUUAUUUACCCACAGUUUAUUGACUUUUAGUACAUAAUAUAUAUUGAGUAAUCAUUAUUUAAUAAAUAUAAUAUAUUUCUUCGUCACUAUAGUUUAUUCUAAUACUGAUAUUUGAUAGUGAUAGUGAGCAGCCUAGUAAAAAUAACUUACAUUUUAAGGAACGCUAUUAUAACCUAUAGGUGUUACAUAAAUAAACUAUCAGCUAAACUUCAAGUUGGUGAGAAGUUUUCAAUAUGAAUAGUAUAGUUUUGAUCAUUGGUAUCGUAAUAUCAGUGAAUAGUUGUUUAUCGUCUAAUAUAUUAGCAUUUUUACCGAGCAAAGCACGCAGCCACUAUGGAGCGUUUGAACCGUUACUCAAAGAGUUAGCCGAAAAAGGUCAUAAUGUGACCGUUUUAUCGCCAUUCUCAAUGAAAAAUCCACCAUCAUCUUACCAUCAUAUUCAGGUUGAGGAUGAAGAUCUUGUAAUGAGUUUUAAUCCAUUCAGUGUAGCUAAACAUUUCAAACCAAUUUUAGUUCCGUUUAGGUCUUGGAUUAUGUGGCCAAAAUUUACAGAAAUAAUAUUAAAUAAACCAUCUGUUCAGAAAUUGAUUCAUUCAGAAGGACUUCAUUUCGAUUUAGUUUUAUUCGAAAACUUCUACCAUGAGUGUUUUGUAGCUCUUGGACAUAAAUUCAACGCACCUGUUGUUCAGUUAUUUCCAUCGAUUCCGAAUGCUGGUGUUGCACAGUGGCAUCGUAAUCCGUAUGAUGGAUCAUAUAUUCCAGAUAUCAACUCUGGAUUUUGUGACGAUAUGUCGUUCAUAGAACGUUUGACAAAUACUGUAUUGUCAUUUAUACAUACAGCUUUGAGUUCAUUUUUCUACUUUCCAAAACAGAGGGAUUUAAUGGAUAAAUAUUUCAACUAUACUGGUUGGGAAACACGGCCAUCAAUGGAAAACAUGCUAAAAAAUAUUUCACUGACGUUGAUUAACACACACUUUUCUGUUGGAACACCAAGACCACUUGUCCCUUCAUACAUAGAUGUAGCUGGAAUGCACCUCAAACCUGCAUCUUCACUACCAGAAGAUCUCCUGGAUAUUAUGAAUAAUGCUCCCGAAGGAGUCGUGUUUUUCAGUUUUGGUUCAGUACUUAAGCUAACACAAUUACCCAAAAAUGAAUUUGACAUUUUUAUUAAGCUACUUGGCACAAUCAAGCAAAAAGUAUUAUUUAAAUGGGACUCGGACACUAUAACAGACUUUCCGCCAAAUAUAAUCGUUAGAAAAUGGUUUCCACAAGCUGAUGUUCUAGGUCAUCAUAAUUGUGUACUAUUUAUUACUCAUGGAGGCAUACACAGUACUGAAGAAGCUAUAUACUUUGGAGUUCCAAUGUUGGCUAUAUCAGUGUUUGGGGAUCAGUUACACAACUCAUUAGUUAUGCAGAAUAGAGGUGCAGCAAUACGUAUAAAAUACAGUGAACUUUCUGAAGAUGUACUUGAAAAAGCUUUACAUAAAAUGUUGAAUGACAAAUCGUUUAAACAGAAGGCAACAGAACUAUCACAGACUUUUCGUGAUCAACCAUUACAAUCAUUAAAUAAAGCUAUGUACUGGAUUGAAUAUGUGAUCCGUCAUGAUGGGGCUCAUCACUUAAAAACAGCUGCUGGUGAAUUGACUUGGUACGAAUUUCUACUAAUUGAUGGUUUGUUUUUGGUGGUCAUCAUGAGAAUAAUUAUAACUGUAAUAUUGUGGUACGUAGGAAAAAAAUUGUGGAGAAGAUUUUGUUGUGUAAAAUCUAAGCCAAAUUAGGAAAAAGUAUGUUGUACUAUAAAUAAAUAUGUAUAAUUUUUCUUAUUAAUUAGGAAACAACUACCUAAGUAGGAAUUCAUGACUUAUGUAUUUUAAUGGUUCUAGUUUUUAUAAAAUCAAAAUAUGCUCAGUUAAAA